AUGGCUGCCAUCGCCCCCAUCACCGGCAUGCUCCGCCGGACCCUCGUCCUUGACCUGAGCACCGCUUUCGGUUUCGGUACUACCUUCGGUUACCUCUGGUGGUACGGCUACCACCUCCCCCGCGUUCGCGCCCGUGACAACUACUACGUCCGUCUGGAGCAGGAGCGCGCCGCUGCCCAGGAGUAA